AUGAACACGCACCUCUUGCCGGGCGCCUUUGGCAAGCGGGCGCUCCGGGACGACCUGCUUCCGGGGCAAAUCAAGAUGCCCGUGACCUUUCUGUAUGGCGGUGGAUCGGACUGGAUGGACUAUAACCACGGCCAAGACGUUGUCGACCGACUCAAGACCACGCAGUAUGCAUCUCUGCGCAAGGUGCCCCUCGCCGGCCACCAAGUGUUUAUGGACAACGCCGCUGCCUUCAAUACGAUGCUCAUUGACGCCAUCACCGACGGUCUGGAGCUACGUUCGUUCCGCACAGAAGCGUACUAGCCUAGAACAAAGUACCCAGUUCAACGUACACUGCCUCUUGGUAUAUAACCACGUCAACAAGUCACUUUUGUGCCAAGCGCACACAGUGGCAAUCACUGCGGC